AUGGCUGUCACAUUCAGUCCUGAUAAUGAGAUGCCAGCAAAUUAUUACGGUGCAACAUUCAUAAACACCGAUGGAAUAUUAGAGUCGUGCACUUCCAAUGCUGAUUGUUACAAUAUGCGAGAGCCAAUUUUUUGGUGUCGCUUGGCCGAAAUUCAAGACUGGACUGACAAAGGGUGCUAUUGUGAUUCGGUCGUGAAAGCGUGCAUUAUUGAACGGAUAACUAAACUCGGUCCGAUAACUGUGAUCCGGAACUAUGCACUCUGUACCUGGAAAGAAUUGUGGGAAUGUCCACCUUUUAAAAAUACAUAA